CCAGUUAUUUAUUUCCCUGUGAAGGCAGAAGAAGAAGAAGCAGAAUUUACCCAGGCUGAGGAGUCACAGGCAAUGAAUUCCAAACAUCAGUAUGUGGAGCUCAAUGAUGGUCACUUCAUUCCUGGACUGGGCUUUGGCACCUAUAAACCUCAAGAGGUUUCUAAGAGUAAGACCACAGAGGCCACCAAAAUAGCAAUAGAAGCUGGGUUCUGCCAUAUUGAUUGUGCUUAUGCAUACCAAGUAGAAGAGGAGGUAGGACUGGCCAUUAGAAGCAAGAUUGCAGAUGGCACUGUGAAGAGAGAAGACAUAUUAUAUACUUCCAAGCUAUGGUCCACUUUUCAUCGGCCAGAGCUGGUCCAAUCUUUUUUGAAAAGAUCACUGAAGAAACUUCAUUUUGACUAUGUUGAUCUCUAUCUUAUUCAUAUCCCGACUGCGAUGAAGCCAGGGGAAGAGCUUUACCCAAAAGAUGAAAAUGGAAAAAUACUAUAUGACUCAGUGGAUCUCUGUGCCACAUGGGAGGCCAUGGAGAAGUGCAAGGAUGCAGGAUUGGCCAGGUCCAUCGGGGUGUCCAACUUUAACCGCAGGCAGCUGGAGAUGAUCCUGAAUAAACCAGGCCUCAAGUAUAAGCCUUUCUGCAACCAGGUAGAAUGUCAUGUUUAUCACAAUCAGAAGAAACUGCUGGACUUCUGCAAAUCAAAAGACAUUGUUCUGGUGGCUUUUCGUGCUCUGGGAACUCAACGAGAAAAACGAUGGGUUGACCAGAGCUCCCCAGUUCUCUUGGACGACCCAGUUCUUGGUGCCUUGGCAAAAAAGCACAAGCGAUCCCCAGCCCUGACUGCCCUCCGCUACCAGCUGCAAUGUGGGGUUGUAGUUCCGGCCAAGAGUUUCAAUGAGAACAGGAUCAAAGAGAACAUUCAGGUUUUUGAUUUCACGUUGACUGCAGAAGACAUGAAAGACCUAGAUGGCCUGAACAGAAAUUUUCAAUAUAUUGCCUGGCCAUUGAUGACCAACCACCCAGAGUAUCCAUUUGAUGAUGAAUACUAACAUGGACACCAUUUCAUGAUUUCUACAAGGAUCCCCCACACUGAUAAUCAUGCGGGAGACAGCUCAAUUGAUGCUGAUUGGAGAAAUCAUUUCUGUUAAUACAUAUUUCUUAGCUUCUCACUUUUUGCUAUAGCAAAAUUCACCAGUUUGGUAAAGGAGGCACUAAAUAUCCAUCAAUUUUUUGAAAAUAAAGUUUUUUCCCUCAA